AUGAGGAAAAAGAUAACGGCUGAGAGCUUUGGGAAGAAGAAAUUCCAGGAUCAAAACAUAAAUAAAAUUCAAGAAGCAGUGUGUGAUACUUUUAUGGCAUUUGGCAUAGCUGCAGUGUUGGAAUUUAAAGAAUCCAUUCUUUUCCCAAGUCAAGAUGAGCUGGAUGAUUGCAAACGGUCAAACGGAAAUCAUAGUGCAAUAUUGUUAACCAAGAUGAAGCAGUGGAUGACUGAAAGUUGUGAAGACGUUUUUUUCAAAUACUAUUCCCAGAUGUUUUCAUUGUUUGGUCCAUUACAACAAUUCUAUAUGAAUGCAUAA